AUGAUUCACAACAAUUUCUGGAAAUCUGGUUUGAAUUUGAUGAACAGAGUAUUCGAUCGUCUUGUCCAAGUCCAGAGAGGCUCUAGUUCCAAUUCCAUGGAGUUCCCGUCACCGUCUUCUUUCUUGCACCUCUACCUCCUCUUCUUGUCAUUUUUAUCCCUGUUUCUUUUCUCUGGAGCUCAACAGAGUUACCCUGGUAUCCAGCAGUCGGAUUGCACCAGUAACAACUCUGCAAAUUAUGGGUAUCUCUGCAAUGGGCCUCAAACAUCUUGCAGCUCCUAUCUCACCUUCCGAUCAACAAAUCCUUACGAUACUCCGGUCAGUAUCAGCUCCCUCUUGGCGUCCGAAGCUUCCCAGAUUGCCCAAGGCAACAACAUUUUUGAGACAGACAGGAUCCCCACAGGUGCCCUAGUCAUAGUUCCUGUAAAUUGUUCAUGUUUUGGAAACUUCUAUCAGCAUAUCACGUCCUCCUACACCUUCAAAGCCAGCGACACAUAUUUUACAGUUGCCAAGGACAUUUACCAGGGCCUCACCACUUGCACAGCUCUGAUGCAACAGAAUCCGUAUGAAAGUCAGAAUCUGAUGGUGGGAUCACAACUGUUAGCCCCAUUAAGAUGUGCUUGCCCUACUACGAACCAGACUGGUAGUGGUGUGAGAUUCUUGCUGACUUACCUGGUUAACCGGGGUGAUUCUGUUUCUUCAAUUGGUGAGACAUUUGGUGUCGACCAACAGAGCAUAAACAAUGCGAACAAUUUGUCCUUUAAUAGUCUUUUAUAUCCCUUUACACCCAUUUUAGUUCCGCUUAAAACCGAGCCUACAAUGAAAAUAAAUGAACUUCCUCCACCACCACCACCACCACCAGUGUCUCCAACUCCAUCAUUUGUUCCCGCUGGAGGUAUUGGAAUAGCAAUGGCUUUGAUAAUUCUAAUCGCUGUCGGUCUCUGGUUGAAUUUCCGAUAUGUCAAAAGACAGCAAAUCAAACUAAAGAAAAAGUUUUUCAAGAAAAAUGGUGGUUUGCUAUUACAGCAGCAAGUCUCUUCUCAAGACCAUAGUGUUGAAAAGAUCAAAAUCUUUGCUAUUGAAGAACUAGAAAAGGCAACAGAUAACUUCAAUGGAAGUCGAAUCCUUGGUAAUGGUGGAUCUGGAGCAGUUUACAAAGGAAUCCUAUCAGAUGGGAGAACAGUAGCCAUUAAAAAGUCCAAAACAGUGGAUGAAAGCCAAAUUGGCCAAUUCAUUAAUGAAGUUGUCAUUCUUGCACAAAUUAACCAUAGAAACAUAGUGAAAUUGUUAGGUUGUUGCCUAGAGACCCAAGUACCCUUAUUAGUUUAUGAGUUUGUCUUAAAUGGAACCCUCUCCUACCUUCUCCAUGGAGAGGGUCAAGUGUCAUCACUGUCAUGGGAAAAGCGCUUAAGAAUUGCUACUGAAAUUGCUGGAGCAGUUGCAUACUUACACUCUGCUGCAACCAACCCAAUCUUUCAUCGAGACAUCAAGUCUAGCAAUAUUCUCUUGGAUGCAAAUUAUAAAGCUAUAGUAGCAGACUUUGGAAUUUCAAGAACUGUACCCAUCGACAGAACUCACUUAACCACACUGGUGCAGGGGACCUUUGGCUACUUGGACCCAGAGUAUUUCCAUUCAAGCCAAUUUACAGAGAAAAGUGAUGUUUAUAGCUUUGGAGUAGUUCUUGUGGAGCUUUUGACUGGACAAAAGGCUGUCUUCUUUAAUGAUUUCCAAGAAGAAAAAGGUCUCGCUAUGCAUUUCAUAUCAUCACUAAAGGAAAAUCGUUUAUUUGAAGUUCUGGAGACCCGAAUCAUAAAUGAAGGAAACAGAGAUCAGCUUUUGGCAAUCUCAAAAAUUGCAAAGAAAUGUCUGAAAGUAAAUGGAAAGAAAAGACCAGCCAUGAAAGAGGUGGCUGCAGCUCUUGAAGGAUUAAGAAGAAGCUUUGAGGAACAUCAUCUAUUGGUCCAAUGUACAACCAAGGAACACAGGUGCUUGAGCUAUGAAGAAGAUUCGUUUCACUACCCUGGUGAUGCAACAGGACUCACUUUCCAUUCUGGGAGUACCAAUGGUUCAUUAACUGGCCGGUAG